AUGUCAACACUGACGGAUCUUUUUGUGGUGCUGUUCGCAGUCCACAUGAAGUGAGUGCCUCGAAUGACAUACGCAAAUUUUCAGCAACCCCCACUCAUACCACUGCUCGUGCCGACGCAGAGUGUUUGGUGGCUACCUAAUGAGGGCAGCGUACGAACUCGCGUGGAUGACAGCAGCUUCGUUUGUCAAUGCUCCGGUCUCCUUCUUAGCACUAGACGCACUGUCGUUCCAUGCUCCGGUGCCUAUUGGUGCAGUGCUGAGCCUUUCUUCCAACGUCGCGUAUACGCACACACCAGAAUCUCCACACUCUGCCCGGCCACCCGAGCAAGCUGGAUUGGAAGAAAGUCUGGCAGCUGUCACGGUCUUGGCCGAAGUCGUGGAUCUUAAGACUGCUGUUCGCACAAAAAGCAACACGGUGCGCUCCUCGAACACAUCAUCUCUGAAUUUUCCUCUUUCUGCGCGACUCUGCUGACAUUCAGACAUCCUUCGUCUGACCCCUACCACGCAGUUCACAUUCACCUUCUCGCUCGCAAACUCGAGCAAGCACGUCGUGCCAGGUACGUCGAUGAGUCUGAGCUAAGCGCUGCUGCCAAUAUCACACUGACCUCAGCCGUCGGCCCUGAUGCGCACAAUGUAGACUCUUACAGCGAGGCGAUGGCUUGGAUCGAAGGCAAGGUGAGGAGAGCUCGGCUCGAGGGUCAGGUCACUUGCUGACGCGCCUUGAGACUGUGUCCUUACCCGACUCUCUCAUUUUACCUGUUAAGCGACGCGUGGACUUGGGCCAGGAACUUCGAUCUCUGUACGCCUCAGAACGAGCGAGGAGCAAGGCAAACCAGACAGGAAGACCAUGA